CAGCCUCAGUGUCCACUCCUCCCUGUGUCUGUGAACGUCUGUCCCGCUCCCUCCCAGGUUUUUUUUACUGUUAUACAAACCAGUCAUAACAACUAUAAAAACCGCUUGACAAUGAAGAAACAUAAUCCACGCUGCCAGGGUUACGGCCACCAGCGACAAGUUAUCAGCCACGGAACUGUAACUCACUCAUGAAACGAAAAUAACACGAAAUAACAACACGAAAAUAACAAGAAACAGAUGAUAACGCAAAAGAACAGAUGAUAACGCAAAAGAACAAAAAAUAACACGAAACACUACCAAAAAAUAAAUCCCCCAAUAAAACAAAAUAAAUCAAGUGGAAAAUACCAAACGUGAAAUAACAAAAUAACGAAGAAUAACAUUAGAUGAAAUAAGAAAAAUAACAAUAAGAAUAAUGAUAAUGACGUGUGUUGUGAAGAUACGUGACUGUCUCUCUGGUCAGGUGUUGGCAGACUGACCCUGUGUGAGUGUGUUUGAGGAGACGGGAAGAGGCACAGCUUAACACAUCUUUUACGACGCGGAGCAAAGGUCGCCCUACAGCAGGAGAUGGACACCGCCUCCAUUGAUCUCUUCUGGUCUCAGGGCCGAAGAGAGUCGUCGUGGUCGUCUGUGACAAGUCGUCCACCAGUCAGCCUCCACGACCCCCUGCCAGUGUUGGACCUUGAUGCUCUACAGGUGGCUCUGACGCGGUUGGAUCACUCGCCACAGAAGGGGAAGGCGUACGUGGGUCGGAGCGGCGCCCUCAGUCACCGCCGACCACCGUCCCGCAGUUCUAGACGGUCCUCCGCCGACAGUCUCCAGCUGCUCCUCGACCAGCAAGACCUCGACACCGACCUGGUCAUCCCGAGGGUAGUUAAUAUCGAGGUACAGUUCGAGGGUAAAGCCAAGGAUCGUAAACAGAAAGAGAGGCAGGUCGCCGGUAAACAAACAGGGAGCUUUAAGGAGCACAGAGACGAGAGACAGUUUGCUUGUAAACAAAUAAGAGACGUCAAGGAUCACAGAGAAGAGACAGAUAUCAAUCAUACACAAGCAGAAGACACCAAGGAGCAUAAAAAACAGAGACAUUUCCCUUGUAGAGACACACGAGACUUUAAGAAUCACAGCCUCAGCUUCAGGGAGGAGCUGAACGACGCGCUUGAAGCUAAACACAAACCAGAACGGAAACAAGAGGAGAGUAACAAGCCGAGAGGUCUUGACGCCCGGCAGGAGAUACGGAGAAAACUCUUUGAGAAUCGCUAUAGGAGAUCUGAUGCUUCUGUCGGAGGAUCCAACCCUCUGCUGAACAACUUCUCGAGCGAGUCUGAGGAAUCCUUCAGGAGGAUCAAGGAGGAGGUCGCUCGCUUGGCCGCUAAGAGGAGAUCCUCGAGUGAUAUAAGUGACUCCAGGACACCAAGUGACUACUCGUUUUCCUGCGGGUCAGCACAAGAGGACGAGAGGAGGGAGAGCCUCAGGAGGUGGAGUGAGGAGAGGGAGUCUGUGUUUGACUCAGCCAGUCUCCUCCUCGACAAGAACUUAGAGGAGAAUCGGUCGUCGUCGGAGGCAGAUGUCGUUAUCAGUGACCGGGAGAGCAUCGCUGACUCAGGCCUGGUGAAUCGACGGACUGUGAUCACCAUCAACGAGAAGAAGAGCAAGUCUGCUUCCAGCCUCACGCCCGAGGAGCCGACAACACCGCUGUGGGUCAGAGACUUACAGACGAGGAGAUCUCUCAGGGGCAAGGAUCAAGCGCCCCCGAGGUUAAUUCCCAUUGAAAUCGAUCAAGAUUUUGAAGGAGGAAUAAAUGUUUCCAUCGUGAGUCAGACAGAACCCAACAGGAAGGACAGCACCUCGCGUAUGUACGUUCGUCAGAGUGACUCAGAAAACAGACCUUCUAGAGCCAGCGCCUUCAACGUCAGGAGAACUAUAGAGAAACGACAGAUACAGCAAGAGAGACGUGAGAGAAGAGCUCUGAGAGAAAAGAUCAGAGAACAGCUGAGAAGUCUCUCUGAGGGACGAGAGCGUAAGGACUCGUCCACGUCUCAUGGAUCCUCAGUCCAUCUCAGUCAAAAUUCAGUCCGGUCUAAGUCUAUGAGCUCACUGGACCAAGAUCAAGAAGACUUCAGAAGCGAGUCUCCUCUGUUCAAGGUUCAGUCUAGCCCGACGCUCGAGAAGGAGAAAGAAGAAGUGAGAAGUUACCUGUUCGGUGUUUCUAACCUGACAGAGAGCGGUGACGUGUCCCCGACCUCCAGGGAGGACACACAGUUGACCUCCAGGGACACUGCACAACCCAGCGACAACCAGCAGGAACCUCGCAAGACCUACGGCUUCGUGCGGCCUCAGCCUUGGCAGUGGACACAGUCGUGGGACUCGCUCAAGACUGCCCGAGAGGAAGUGAACGAGAGAAAGAGUCGCAAAGUCAGUAAGUCAGUAGACUCAGUUCAGAAUUCCUCUGACGUUGGCAGUCGACAGUCAUCGUUUCAGUCGAGUAUCUUAGAGCUCGGGUCUUCUAAGCCGUCUUGGCAGGACUACAAUCUUCGCCAGACGGAGCACAGGACACACCUCCUCUCCUCGGUGAUAAGUCCUCCCCUUGACAGCCUCGAGAGUACCAGCUCGUGUCCUCCAGUUCUGUCAACACUUGACCCAGACACAGCCAAGCGGGACAACUUAUCUCCCGUACGUGAGGAAUUUUCCCCCAACAAUCCCCCAGUCCCGCCUCCUCGGAGGAACAGAUUAAGUUCGUCGACCGGACAAAUCACACUGGAGGAAGAAGAUAAACCUAACUGGAUCCGACUGGCAAAGGAGCGACGGAGUCUUCGGGCAGCUAAGCAGGUGGAUCAGCUGUCCGAUAGAGCCUCGACUGCCAGUAAGGAGCCAGAGUGGGUCGCCAGAGCUCGCAAGAAGCUCGAGUCACUCAAUGUGACACUCACAAGUACCACCGAUUUUAGCUGCGCAAGUUCCUGCGUCACUGAAUCAUCAUCUGCUUGGAGUAGAGGUGGUCUGGACGCUCUCGAUGAUCUGAAGGAGGAAACUUCGCGGAUUGGUGAAGAACUGGCCGAGGAAGCUUCUGCCAGGGUGAACGAAGAAUUAGGGUUACACAAAGACAGCAGCAGGAUGUUGGAACACAACACGGAACGUUCUCGAGAACCUUCUGCUGAGAGGCCGCGGGUGUCCUUCGAGCCAUCUGCAACUGAGGCUUCCGAUGGUGAUUCAAGCAGAAGAUUACGUACUCGGAAGCCCCAGAAGGAUGAGGUCCGCUUCGGUGACCUCAAGCACGACUGGGGCGGCGCUCAGACUAAAGCAACAAAAACUAGCAACGGGAAGCAGAAAGAAAUGCGAUUUGGUGAGAUCCAGGUGAAAGAGACGCUGCCUGAACCUCCGGAGAGAACGAAAGCAAUGAGGUUUGGUGACCACGUCCCGUCAUCGUCGACUCAGAAAGCUCAAAGUAACUCAAGUGCGACGAAUGGUAGCCGUCCCGUGAUGCGCUUUGGUGACACUCCGCUCAACCUCUUCCCCGCCUCCGAGCCCAAAGGCCCACAAAGUAGCUCCAAGUUCGAGUCGGUGGCUGGACCAGACCCGACCAAGAUGACAGCGGAGCAGCUCAACCAGAACGUCGAGGAGUACGACUUCCCGAUCCCUACAGGUAACGAGGAUGCUUCUGAGCUGAUGAGGUUCCUCGAGGAGAGCUUAAAGAGGACAGAGGUCGUUCCUGAAGUAGUAAUCCUGGAAGAUCACCGCCCGAAGCCCAAGAGCAUCCUGAAGAGGCGGUCAGUUGAGAACGUCCUACACGAGCUGAAGAGAGAAGAGCGAGGCGAGGUGCUUCAAAAGGUAGAACACCGGAAGAGCGCGUCCUUUGACUGGGACUCCGUAGGUAAGGGAGCUGAUGCAGGCUUGGACAACAUGGGUCACACCAGAAAUAUCGUACACAGGUUAAGCAGGGAACACCACAAGCCACACUCAGAUACUCUCCAUAAAGCUAAACCACAACCACAACCACCACAACAACACCAACACAACCCAACAACCAUCACCACCACCACAGCUACAACUACUGCAACUAAUGGCAGCUUCUUUAAUGUCAAACUUCGGCAUGUGUCAUCUAACAAGCGCGAACCAGCAGUCACUAACGAACCGCUUCGCUUCCACUCAGAACACUCGCUACACAGACGGCCACAAGCUGUCUGCCUCAACACAGAGAGACACAGUGGAGACUUCUCAUCCCUCAAUACAUUUACCAGCAGUCGGGAGAUCCGUCUCGAGCCCCGUAGGAUCUCUACUACAGGCGGCGACAGUCACGGGUCCUCCUCCGCCUCCAGUCAGGAGUCCCUCUCGGACUCUGGGGGCGUCUUAAGCCACUGCGAGACAGACAGAGCCGUCAGCGAGGUGAAAGACGACGACGAUCACCGCUACGAGAACAACAAAACGACAAUAAGGAAGUUAAGGACGACAGACAUCCCGAGAAGAGACGAGGAUAGACGAGUCACUAAACGAGACACAAGCAGCGACCACGACAGUAGACGAGACCUUCUUCCUAAACCCACAGUGUCGUCCACCAUCACGUGCACCAGCAGGAAGGUGGUGACAGUAGGCAGUAAGAGUGUGAGGGAGCUGCUACAGAGGGUGCAGGAGCCUCCUUCACCAGCCUGGGGCACCUGCAGGACCGGGCGAGGCUUGGCUACUACAGAGCCCAAGGACGACAUCAACGUCCCCCUCCACGGUGACCCCCUUGUGAGUGCCUCCAAUGUUGAUGAGAUGGAGGCUGACUUUAUCCUCACCUCCAGUGCCAGACUCCAUGACUCCAGUGACACACAUAACCUCAACUUCCAACUUGACCUGAAUUCUCAAUCUAACCUCCACCCACAACCCCAUCCCCACCUUCAACCCCACCUCUUCCCACAGUCCCAUCUCCUCUCUGACGUUCCCCAACACAGGAGCGAGACGACCUCCUCCCUCCUAGGUCCCGAGGACAACUGUGCUCCGGGUGCUGUGGACAGAGUUGUCCUCGUAAGUACUGAUGAAUCAUUGAAUAAGACGGAUGAGUCAGUCGAGGGCGAAGAUUCAGCUAAACUCGGUGAAUCAAGCAGUGAAUCAGAGAACACAACAAAGAACCACCAAGAGAUGAUUGAUGCAAAUCAGGAAGACCAUAAGGAAGAGAAACAGGAAAACUCUAAACUGGAGAUAUACUGCGAAGAAGAGGCCACAGUCAGUGAACAACUGGGGAGCCUCGACACUCACCAGGAUCUACUAACACCACACCAGUCCACACUCACCAUACACCCAGCUUAUCUUGCCUCUUACCAACUCACGCCAGUUGUCGUACAGUCACCCGCCACCAUAGAGGAGGAGCAGCGCCCCAGCCUCCACACUGCCUCCUCCAAUCCCUCCUCGACUCAAGAGGAUAACACCUCCUCCACGACCCCCCAAAUUGGCUACCGCCACCAGACCCCAGACCACUUCGAUGACUGCCCAGGCCCCUCCACCUACUACCACCAUGAUGGACGUACCACCUUCAGCUCACACCAUGGCGCCCACGCCUCCUUCAACCACCACAGAGGAAGCCACGCCUCCUUCACCCACCAUGAGGGAAGCCACGUCUCCUUCACCCACCAUGAGGGAAGCCACGCCUCCUCGCUACCUAGGACUGAGGGACCCACCACCAAGCUGCCAGCCAAAAUGUUUAGUUUCACUUUCAGUGCCGACCAAAAGACCCGACCCGAGACCUUCUUCACAGAGCUCGAGGAGGAUUCAUUAGUGCAUUUAAAGACACAGAAGGAGGUUGAGAACAUUAGGAGAACUGAGGGAAUGAAGACAUUUACUGUUAUUACUAACCCAAGGGAUGUGCUUAAACAUGACUCUCACAGUGACCGAACUAGUGUGAACGGUCAUGUAAUCACCCCGCCCAUGGCCUCUCACACCCCGCCCAUGGCUUCUCAUGCCCACCUCAGCAAAUCAAAGUCAAAUAAAAUUGGUCCUCAUAGUCAAAAGUUGAGUGAACAAUGUGCCAAGAGUAGCGGCGAAGUUCCUAUAAAACCUUACAGAAUGAAGACGACGAGUCAGAGUCACACCAGCGGCGGCGAGAGGAGAAAGAUCGAGGACAAAGCUGUCGAGGGAAGCCACCAUAAGCACAAGGUCCACCAAGUGACGGUGGAGGUGGUGAACGACGAAGACCAAAGAAAAAUAUCAUCUAAGAGGAGAGAAGAAGAGAGAAGAAGAAGCAGUUUGCUAGAGUGGGAAGCUUUACAGCGACAGAGACUCGAGGAUGAGGAGAAGAAUCGCAUCAACAAGAACCUCUCCAUGAAGCCCGUGUCCACCAAGAUCAAGGAGCUGGUCAAGAUGCAUGGCAGCUUCAUGUCCAUGUUCAGUAAAGACAAGAAAACAGACAUAAACGGUACAGUGGAUGGUAAAGAUGACAUUGUGUUCCGGAAGAUGUCCUCAGAGAACCUACACUCAGAUCUGAAGAACGACUCGAUAAAGGAGAUCCCGAUGGUGCCCAUGAAGUCUCCCUACAUCGUGAAGAAGCUUCUCUCUCCUACAAAACACACAAGUUCCUAUGAAGAGUCUCAACGCAGGAGCCGCCGAGAUUCAUCCAAGUCACCAACCCGCCGAUCAAGUUCUGCCACACGGAAGGAUUCCUCAAAGACUCGUGCAUCAGAAGACAAGAAGGAUCACACCUCUCACAGGAUCCUCACUGAGAGUAACUGGAAGAACUCCGCCACCAACAGACCGACGACCAGUGCCAUUGGCCAGAAGUUAAGAUCGUCCAGUUCACCGUCGUCGAGGAGGAGAAAGACGCCGAUCACAUCCUCGUCACCAGACCGAUCAGAGAGAAGUAGAGAAAAGGAUACUCUGUCAAAGCCUCGAGGAAGUCACUCAGCCGAGCCAAGAGCCUCUGAGUCGAGACUACGAGCGAGAGACAGAGAUGACUCAUCCAAGUCUUCAAAAAAAUUCUCCCCUCCAGUUCCCCCAAAACCGAUCAACCUUCAUGAAAAGACUCAGUCAUAUCCCUCACCUUAUCUGGAGGUGAAGAGAAGAGAGUCAGCCGACCGUGAGAAGGAUAAGGAUAAAUGCCAAACGUCUUUCAGUUUCGAGAAGCGCAUGAGUGAAGGAAGGUCGAGCAUCAAAGACCCCAAAAACAGGAAGGAAUGGCUCAACAAAAUGCUCAAUACUUUAUCCUCUGAACAAAUAUCUUCCCUCGAUAGAACAAGUCCAACAAGUCCAUCAGCAGCGACAGCCACGCCCCCUUUAAGCCCAUCAAAACUACGCUCCAAUAGAAACAUUUACCGAGACAGCUUACAAACUGAAGAAGAUCCUGAUGAAAUGUUACAAAAUUUUACACCUGUUCCUCCAGCUAGAAGGUCGACUCCUUCCUCUAAACUCUCAGCUAAGCCUCAACACUCAACACCUACAAAGUACACAACACCAUCUACUAGCAUCGCCUCGCCCAAAGCCUCCGCCUCCAGCUCAAUACCCGUGACCCCCAUCAAGCCAGCGGUGCCCCCUAAAUACCUGUCAACGUUCCUCGCCAUGUCUUCCACUGAUCAUGUAGACAUCACCUGUGCCUCUAAGACAAACGCAUCUUUCCCUUCAACUCCGACAUCUUUAAGAUCGUCAGUCAGGGAGGCCCUCCAGUCUGACCAGUCACAAGUGUGUAAUGGUAGACGAGGACCAGUUAGUCUCUCCUCCAUCUUGGGUGACUGUUCCUCAAGGUCGUCCUCAAUGACUUCCACGCCGCUGACCUCUCCCAGAGCGACGCCAGAGAGAGUCCUCAAAAGAGAUUCUCUCGAUUUGACGUCAAAACUUGAUGUGAUACUCGAGUCCUCCUUGAGGGAUGGACGGAGGGUGACAGUCCCUGGCGAUGAACACAAGGAAAACAUCGCUCCUUCUCCCAGUACAAAGAGAAAUAAGGAACCCUGUGAGAAAGACAUUGAAGAGAAGGAAAGUUCGAAUGUUCCUUUGGCAUCUUCCUUCACAUCCUCCUUCAGAUUAAGAGACAGAAGCGAAGAGAGAAGGAGAGGCACAAGGAGGGAGGAUGAAGACAGGAGCCCACAGAGGGAGAUUAAGAGCUCGUGGCAGCCGUCGGUACACAAACCUUUCACUUUUACUAAACCUUCCGUGACGCUGAAGGCCAUGACGUCUGGUGUUGAUCCUCAGAGGGUCGCCACCAGUAAGACUUCCUCGCUGCACAAAGAUAAUGUUCCUCACACCUCGUACCUGUCGUCGUGUCUUGUCCCCGGCCACCACGACAACAAAAAAUAUUCCCCAGACAAAAAUAACUCCAUAGUGAGGAAGUCAGAGGUUAGGGAUAAUCCGGACUCUUUUACAUCCAGGUAUGCCCACGAAAGACUCUCUUUACGUGGGAGAGUUCCUGAGUCACCGUACAAAGGUGCGACAGAGAACAGUUCUGCGGUGGGUGGUGAAGGCAGAAGACUCUCCUCAAAGGGAUACGAACCCUUGUCAUCGAGGUUUUCUAAAGAAAGAUCAUCACUGAGAUCGAGAGAGCCAUCAGAGAGAUCUACCCCUGACAGAGACACUGGCCCCGUCUCCCUCUCCACCAUCUUGUCCAAGGACGAUGGGACCAAAGACUCACCCAUACCUGAAGAACCUUCCAACUUCCAGUUCAAACCAAACCUUUCCUUCUCUGAGGAAAUGAAUGAUCUAACUCACAGGUACCGCACAGACAUGGCAAUCAGACGGUCGUCCUCAGAAGACACCUCGAGUGGCAGGUUACCUCACGCCACCACCUAUGACAGUGAUGACGUGUUUGAUAAUAACUCGACACAGGAUGGAGGAGACAAGACGAGAGAGUCCAGUUUAGAACCACAGUCCAAAGAGUCCUCGCCAGCACGAGAGGUCAGAGUAGUAAGACAAUGCAAGAAUAACAAGGAAAAGUCUCCAGGGCGAAGAGCAGCGAAGGAAUCAUCACCGAGCCCGUCCGGUCCAAAAGGCCUCCCGAAGACGUCUUCAACCAGCCCCAGUAAGUCUAGGAGCCGCGUCGUCCGUCGGAAUUCUAGUUUGAAGAGGUAUCGCCCUGAGGAUCAAGGAGGCUCCGUGAGGAUCAAGAAGGAGCGAAAGGAUUCCGAGGAUGACCCGGCGGACCAUAAAGACGAGACGAUCGUACAGAACGACGCGGGCUGGACCAAGACUAAGACCACUGUCAGGAGGGCCAGACUGGGGUCCUCAGAGAAGGCACGGCAGAUAGUCCGCACCAACAGCGGCAAGACAAGGAAGGAGAAAACGUUCAAAGCCAACGCAUCCAAGGACCUGGAGGACUGGGCAGCCGGCACAAGCGUUCAGGGCAAACUAAUGAAAAAGGAAGGUCAAAAGUUCAGCCACGAGACGGAGGAGGAGGUGAAGGGAGGGCAGCGCACCAGUAAGAGUGUGGUGAGGCGAGUAGUGAGGAGAGGCUCUCGGAGACUAUCUGGAGGAGGAGAGCUGCUCACCGAGACCAAGGAGACCUCUUCUACAGGAGCGAGUAAGGAUGGAGCCGUGGUAGGCGAAGGAAGUGGACGAGAAGGAGGAGGACAAGAGGUACAGAAGAAGCAGGAGGAGGAUGAGAACGAGGGAGCGGUGGUGGUGGCUGUUGAGGAUGGAGUCUCCCGUAGGAUGAAGACCAAGACAGACGGUGAGAGGUACAUGACGCAGUCUGUGUGUGACAAGGGCGGCAGGACCACCUACACCACCGAGGGCGUCAAUAACAAGACCACCAACUCCCUCGAGGUCAUAGGAGGCGACGACUUCGACGCCAAGAGAGAGGUGCAAGGUCGUACAGGUCACCGUGUCGUGGUGGAGCGAACCAAGGACAACCUAGGUCGUCCCUCUACUGUGGUUAAGAAAAUCACCUCGCAGUCCAGGGUCGUGAUAACCAAAACGAAGCGAAAGUUACCUGUGGUGGUAUAACAGAGGCGAGGACACACACACACACACACCUGCCGCCCUCACCUGUCCCCCCUCAUCACUCUCACCUGUGCAAGAGUUGGUACAAAGAAAGAGAAGAAAAUUUACUCGACGGCUGAAGAAACCUCUACCAAGACAAGAUGGUGGACACACACACACACACACUUGAUGCUCGAUAAAGAAUUUUAAACCUAUGCAAUUGGGGGCUUUGUGAUUUAUAUACAUAUACAUACAUACACAUACGUGACUGUAUAUAUAAAUGUAUUAUCGGAUAUAGUGUAACUGGUUUCUUUUCGAACUAUAUCAAGAUAGUAAUAAAACUGUGGUAUUUGUAAUUAUUUCACGAAAGAAUGUAAGUCACGUCACUAUGUUCCUAGAAUAACCCGGGACAGUAGUUCCAUCAGCUGCCACUAGAGGGAAGCUAUCGUUCAGGGUUUACAAUGACUCGUAAGACCCAGAAAUUUGUCAUCAACCCCAAACUGGCGACAUCAGAACGUAUUUAAAGGCCUCAGUUAAUAAAUAGAGACAAAAAAUAGUGUUUAAAUUAUAUUGGGAUGAUUAUUAUUACUUAAGAUAUAGGUUUUAAUGUCACCAGCUAGGAGGACCAAUAAUAUUAUAGGUUUUACGAGUGUUAAGAUCCUCUGAGGUUUAUGAUUGGCUAGGUGGAGAGAGAAAGAGAAGGGGGUGUGGUUAUCGUAGCUGGGUGGUAGUUCUUAACAUUAACCUCUAUUACUAAUUCUUGGAUAUAGUGCAUUUAUUUUUUCCUUACUAGUCUGUGAUAUUCUCCCCAUGUGUACUGAUGCUCUCACUCUCCUGUUUGUCUCUUAAGGGAUAUUAUUAUUUUUUUUCUCGCAUUUUCGUUCGCAUUUACGAUAUUUUUUUCUCUUCUCUUCUUGUUCUUCUUCAUUCUCCUCUUCCUCCUCCUUCAGUACACAUUACUCACAAGUGCUCACUGAUUAUUUUUGUUUGUACUCCAAUGUAAUAAUGAUGUGCUAAUGUACUCAUGACGUCUAAUGUACUCAUGACGUCUAAUGUACUUAUGACGUCUAAUGUACUCGUGACGUAUGGUUGUAGAAUGACUGUAAAUAUUAUCAUUGGCUUUUUGUACUUUUUUAUGCAAUAUUUUUUGUGCGUGUUGAGGAUGAUGAUGAUGUUUAGCAAAUCCGAUAUUAAUUUGUUUUAAGUCUUCCCUUAUUUUACUAAACUUUCAUUGAUAUUAUGCCUCGUUUUGUGAUCUCGUAAAACUAUUGUAAUAUUUCCUUGUCGUUUGGGUCACAGGGGAUAAUUGACCUCUGUGGCACCAAGGCUGAUAGGGUCAAAGGUCACGGGGGUUAGUUAUGUCCAUUAAACUGUAAUGAGAGGCUUAAUGUGUAUAUAGACGUGAUGAAUGUUUGUAAGACUAAAAUUAAAGUGUUAUACGAAUUGUGAACCUUUAAAAUGACUUCAGAACACCAUUGUGAUUUAAAAGAAAGGUGAUACUGAUAUUAGGUGAUUGAAGACACACUAGAAACAUUAUCAUUUAUCCACAUACAUACUUAAAACCUCUUAAAGAACAGUAUGGCAGCCCAGUGUUUAACCUCUUGACUUGAACCCCUUAAAGAUGAUGAUGUGUUGUGAACCUCAGAUGUGACAACAGGGUAAACAAACACAAAAUAAAAACGCUCAUUAGAUUAGUUUUGCUUUCACUUACAGCUGCUGCUACUACUACUACUACUACUACUACUAUUAUUAUUACUAUUACUACUAUUACUACAGUCUGUUUAUAUCAUCAGCAGAGUUUGUUUAAUAUUAGCUGUUGUGAUGUGAAAGACAUUUGUUUACUAUAACGGCAGACAGUCUUAUGGUUAAGUUUUGUCUGCAUCAUUGUCUGCUCUCGUCUCUUUGUCUUCCACCUGGUCAUAUGAGGUCUGUUAAAAUGGGUCUCACUGUUUACAUCAACAGAAUCGGGUGUUUACAAGAGCAGACUAUUUACGCAAGAGCAGAAAUGUCCGUCUGCUUGUUUUUUGUUUGUUUUUCUGUUGAUUGUCUGCUCCAGUUUACUAUUACGUCCAUUACCUGUGCAUCUGAGGUGUGUUAUUAAGGAUAUUUUUAUAUAUAAUUAUUUGUAGACGCGCGCACUGUUUUACUGACAAUGAUAGCAUUUAAAAUGAUUAAAAUAAACAUAUUUAAUGAA